AUGGCUUUUUUUCUUGUCGACGGGCUGCUGUGGGAGGUCGUCUACGCCAGAACCUGUCAGCUCGAGCCAUUCUACCAGCUAUCACGGCCCGAGGGUGCAAGACUUGAGAGCUCGCUUGCAAUGGGGUACAUCAAUACGAUGACCUUUUUGGUGCCGGUGAAAUCGGCCAUGGCCCACCAUUGGACCGUCUUCCUCGCCUCGGUUGUUUACUUUGCGACUUUCACACUGUCGCCGCUGCUCACUCGGCUGGCAUGGACUAUGGUUUGGCCUGCGUACAGUCGUGACACGACUGUCGUGGUACUCAUGCACGAAUCAUGGUGUCGCGUACUCGAGGUUCUCUGCCUUCUUUCUUUUGUGUGCGGCCUUGGUCUAGCCAUUAUUCAGAGGAGGCGGUCGGGCCUAUUAUCUGAGAUAUCCUCCAUUGAGGAUUUGACCCGCCUGCUAUGCGACAGCCCCCAGUUUCUUUCUAUGCUGAAGAAAAUCCCAUCUCAUGCCGACAGCGGAGCCCUGCAAGAAGCCCUUCAGCAUUGCCGGUUUCGACUCUCCUACAAGCAGCACCGGCGGUUAGAGCUGGUGGCCUCUCAAGAUCCAAACACGGCAUCCAUCCCCCGGACCAUUGGGAUUGGGAACACAAGUCUCGACGCACACCCAUUCAACCUAUUCCCACCUGUUGUAUGGGCAGUGCAACUGAUGGUGUCGGGUGUCUACCUUCCCAUUGUUCUUCUUGCAACCUUUCCUCCGGAUGAUUUCGACCCGGAUAUCCUGAGGCCAUUGUUCACAGCUCUGCUGCUGAUCAACACCGUAUCCUGGUCAGGAAUACAAAGCAGUUUGAGCGCAAUCCUGCCAUUUGCCUCGUUAACAGCGCGUCGUCAGUCCAAGGAGCCUCGGGUUCGAAGCCAUGACAGUCUGAAACAAAUCAGACAAAGAUACGCCCCAGGUUCGACCCUCCUUCAAGUAACCGCGGGCUCCAGCUUGUGCCUAAUGGCUUUGGGCGGAUCUCUCAACCUCCAGCUCAUGAUGCUACUCGUCAACCCCCUCUGGGACUCCACCUUGGCAAUAGUCAAAAAACAAGGGAUAUACGCGCCGGUGCCCGGAUGCCUGCGUGGACCUGCGUUGUUGGCUCAGAUACUUUCUUAUAUCGCUCCAUUCAUCUCACUUGCCGCCUUCCUCAACGCUCUACUCUAUCGGCGUGUCUUUGCGCCUCGGAGGCCGAACACUCUUGUCUCCAAGAUGGUCUACUUGUGCCGAGGGGAGCACUUGCUACACGAUGUCAGAGACAGUACGGCGUUGGGCCUGGCUACAUCCGAGGGAUGCUAUUCGUUCGGGUGGUUCCAAGACAGGGAGGGUCAGUGGUUUGUGGGUGUGGAUAGGAGGAUCAACGUGGCAAAGGAGUAUAAGAAGGUGGGUGAGACGGGGCCAGAUGUCGAUGUUGUCCAAAGGACCUACAGGCAAGAAAUAUAA